UGUUUCAAUUCGUUUAAAAUGUUCGGCAAACAGUUGGCGGUUCUUGCGAUAGUGCUUAUAGGAUCAAGUGUAUUUCAGCUGAUUGCAGCAGAUAUAGUAACAACAUCCUUGAUCAAAAGUGUGCUGAGUGGAAGCGAUACGGAAAAUGUAAUAUUUUCACCUUACUUGGUUAAGGAAAGCCUCAUGCAACUUUAUUUGGGAGCAGAAGGAAACACGUCUGACGAAAUUGAGGAAACUCUGCAGCUCUCUAAGGAUUUAUCAAAGGAUAAUAUUAUAAAUAUAAUUAUCCAUAAUAUUGUAAAAUUUAAAAGAGAACGCUAUGGAACAUUUGAGAAAGCAAGUCGCACCUAUGUUGCGAAAAAUACUCUAGUGGACUUAAGAUAUAGUCAAAAGUAUGAGGAAUUAUUCAAUACCAGUGUGGCAGAGGUUAAUUUUGGGAGUUCAAUUAAUAAAAAAUUCAAAAUAAGUGAUUGGAUAAUGGAUAAAACUUCUGUCAAACUGACUAAAGCAAUAAACGAACUUACCAACGAGACGCAAAUAAUUCAGAUCGGUGCAAUGUCUUUUCAUGGAAAAUGGAAGGAACCAUUCCAGGUGUCUGACACAAAAUUGGCUUCAUUCUAUAUACCACAGAAAACUGGAGAUUUCUACACUACCAAAAUCAGUACCAUGUCGCGAUUAGGCCAAUGUCAAUAUAAUUUUAUUGAGAAACUAAAAGCAUAUUCCAUAGAAAUACCCUAUGCCCAUCCACAGCUGUCAAUGAUCAUACUACAGCCCAAGGCAAUGGAUGGCGUGCAUCAAAUGAUUCAGAACUUAAACGACCUCACACUCAAUGAUCUUGUUCCAAAGGAUGUGGUGUCAAAUUUCCGAAUCCUCUUGCCAAAGUUUAAGAUAGGCAUUACAUUGAAACUAAAAGAAGCAUUAAAGAACUUUGGUAUUAAAGAUCUUUUUGAAAAUGCCAAUUUGAGUGGAAUGACAGGUCCAACAAAAUAUUUAGUUAACGAGAUCUUACAUAAAGUUCAAAUAGAGUUGGACGAAGGUGCCCAGAAGGAUAAAAUAGAUAUGGCGGAUUUUGGAUCCAUUAGCAAACAAUUUAUAGCUGCCGUCAACCAUCCAUUUGUGUUCUUGGUCAAGGACAAAAAGACGGUGUACAUUGCGGGGCGCAUCAACAAAUUGGGAAAAUGAAAAUAACUAUUUAAGAUAUAUUUAUAGUGUAUAGCUCAAAAGAGCAUAAGAUAAACUCUUCAAUAAAUAAUUUCAAACGUC